AUGGUCAGUCCGUACGGAACUAACUACUUCCCAGCGCUGGCGGCCGAACCCACUGACGCUACAGGCCAUCUGUACUGGUCAAUAAUAAAUGCAUGGCUGUUGCUCACAGACGGCGCAACUGGUAGUGAAACACCUCAGCCCAGCCAGACCAUCAUGUUGGCUAACUGGUGGUGGGGAUUGAGUACUCUGAGUGCCUCGUGUUGGUUCCCCUGUGUCAUUGUCCUGCCGCCAGUGACACUUCCUCCUAUGCAGGCGCCUGUCAUCACCUCCCUGAUUGAAGGCUUCCCGAAGACCAUCAUGCCACCAGCGGCAGAAACACCAACCCUUAUAGUGGAUCCUAUCACCAUCUCUGGAACUCCAUCCAUCUUGAACGCACCUACCAGCACCAGUGUGACCAUUCAGUUUAAUUACUCUGCCAUCAUCUUACCGCCCUUCAAAUACAUGGAUGAUGAUGAUGGCACUAUCCCUAGCAUUAGUAUUAGCAACAGCUCCCUGUGGCCCAAGCUGGACACUCCUCAGCCACCGGGCCUGGACAAUAACAACGACGACGAGGAGGGCGAUGGUAGUGAUGGUGGUAUCCACGAGUACCACCUCAACAACCUCCUUGACGACGACGACGACGACGACGACGACGACGAUGACAACAAUAACCACAACCUCAAGCUCGUCAGUGGCACUGGCAGCGCAUGGGCCUUGUCCUAUCUAACUGUCACCAACGAUCCCAUGUUCAGCGCCGGCGUGCCCGUCGCUGUCGGAGGCACAUACACGCCGACCUCCCAGUAUAGCAUCGCAACGAAACCGGGUACUUCGAGCAGCAUUGCUGCAAUAACCAGUCCAGCGACAAGCCGUCUGUGGCCUAGCAUCAGCCACUCUCUGAGCAUCUCUUCCAUUACCAAUGUCUCCAAGAGCAUUAGGCAGUGA